AUGAAAUGGGCACGACAACAACCACUCCCAUGGAAUGCAGGGGCGUGCAGGCAUGCUGCUCAACAUGGACAUUUGGAAAUUCUAAAGUGGGCUCGUGAGAAUGGUUGUCCGUGGAAUCAAGGGACAUGCCAGAGUGCUGCUCAACAUGGACAUUUGGAAAUUUUAAAAUGGGCUCGUGAAAAUGGUUGUCCAUGGGAUAACAGUACGUGUUGGUUUGCAGCUGAAAAUGGACAUUUGGAAAUACUGAAAUGGCUUCACGAAAAUGGUUGUCCAUGGGGUACAAGGACAUGUGCAUGCGCUGCUGAAAAUGGGCAUUUGGAAAUUUUGAAGUGGGCUCGUGGAAAUGGUUGUCCAUGGGAUGAACGGACAUGUGAUGGUGCUGCUGAAGGUGGCCAUUUGGAAAUUCUGAAGUGGGCUCGCGAGAAUGGCUGUCCAUGGAGUGAAGGGACAUUUCAAAUUGCCCUGAGCACCAGAAGAAGCGAACUGAUCCAGUGGCUACGUGACAAUGGCUGCCCUGGGUCUCAUGAUGAAGGACACUAA